AAACAAGAUGGCGCUCACUUGUGCAAUCAGUAACGAGGUACCAGAACACCCUUGCGUCUCUCCCUCAUCAAACUGCGUGUUUGAACGAAGGCUAAUUGAAAAAUACAUAGCAGAAAAUGGUGUUGAUCCAAUCUCAAAUGAUGUUCUAUCUGAGGAACAACUGAUCGACAUCAAAGUUAGUCCAUUGGUAAAGCCUAAACCACCUUCAGCCACAAGUAUUCCUGCCAUUUUGAAGUCGCUGCAAGAUGAAUGGGAUGCGACAAUGUUGCACAGUUUCAGCUUACGACAACAGCUUCAAACCGCUAGACAAGAAUUAUCUCAUGCCUUGUACCAGCACGAUGCUGCCUGUCGGGUCAUUGCUCGUUUGACUAAAGAAGUUACUGCAGCCAGAGAAGCAUUGGCCACUCUGAAACCACAAGCUGGUAUUGUUGCAAUGGCGCCAACACCAGUGGCUCCUGCGAUCCCUAAUGUGAACCAUGACGAACCGAUGGAAGUCAAGGUUGGUGAUGAAGGAGGAAUGACAGAUGAUGUCUUACAAAAGCUGCAAGACAAAGCCACCACUCUCACAGCAGAGCGUAAAAAGAGAGGGAAAAAAGUCCCAGAAGGUCUUGCAACUGUGGAUGAGAUCCAAUCCUACAAACAAAUCUCUUCUCAUCUGGGUCUUCACAGCGCCAGCAACCCAGGAAUCCUGGCAUUGGAUCUUCAUGCUGCCGAUACAUCCAGAGUUCUUACAGGUGGUUUGGACAAGAAUGCAGUUGUGUUUCAUCGUGAAACAGAGCAGGUUGUUGCAACUCUCAAAGGACAUUCAAAGAAGGUUACAAGUGUUGUUUACCAUCCAACAGAGGAUAUUGCCUUCACUGCCUCACCAGACAGCACCAUUCGUGUUUGGUCAGUCGGCACGGCAAGCUGUACUGAAAUUGUAAAGGCUCACGAUGCUGCUGUCACAGGAAUCAGUCUGCAUGCUACUGGUGACUACUUACUGAGUUGUUCACUGGACCAGCAUUGGGCAUUCUCUGAUAUUAGAACUGGCCGAGUUUUGACAAAAUGUGUAUCUGACGUAUCCUCCACACAAUCAUUGACCUGUGCACAAUUCCAUCCUGAUGGUUUAAUCUUUGGUACUGGGACAACGGACAGUGUGAUCAAGAUUUGGGAUUUGAAGGAAAGAGCAAAUGUGGCCAACUUCCCAGGUCAUUCUGGACCAAUCACCAGCAUAUCUUUCUCAGAAAAUGGUUAUUAUCUGGCAACAUCAGCCGAUGAUUCUGUUGUGAAAUUGUGGGAUUUGAGGAAAUUGAAGAACUUUAAGACAAUAGCUUUGGAAGAUAGAUAUGAGGUGAAGUCUCUUUGCUUUGACCAAGGUGGUGUUUAUCUGGCAGUCGCUGGUUCUGAUGUCCAAAUCUACAUGGUGAAACAAUGGGAGCUCUUAAAGACCUUCACAGAUCAUUCUGGUGUUGCAACUGGUGUUAAAUUUGGCAAGAACGCUGGAUUUAUUGCAUCCACAGGAAUGGACAGAAAUCUGAAAUUCUAUGCUUGAGAUAAGUUGCUGGAAUGUAUAGAUGGAACACAAAAGGUUUACGCAUUUUUAUCUGUGUAUAUAAUCCAAGGUUACAAAAGAAAUGGCUGAUGCACACUGGCUUUUAUGACAGACAUACAUGUGGGAAAGUUUCUGUCAUUAAAAUAUCGUAUUGUCAUCUUACCCCUUCAUUCCUCACUGCCAAGUUUUCGUAAUCAAGGAUCCUGGAUUUCCAAAGAUUUUUUGCACUUGUACAUCAAUACUAGUGUAGCACUUGCUAGUCAGUUUGUGAACAAUUUUUACUUUUUUUUCACUGUUCAAAAUCAUUACUCAAGCAUUUACUACUUAGUAUUGUUAAAUUUUCUAGUGCUUAAUGCUAGCCCAAAAACUGAUAUGCAUGCAAUUAUUUAGCUGAGAUGGAAAGGUUUAAUUGAAUUCCUGUUUAAAUUGAUGGUUUUAAAACUUGGCUGAGUACGAUAGUUGACUUGUGUACGAUAGUUGCAGCAAUCAAAUUAAAUCAAAUUCCAUCUUUC